ACAUUGACAUUUCUUCUACGUUUACGACAGAUUACUAGGAGUCAUUGUUGAUUUUGUUUUUACAAAAUAAUAUUCUUGAAUUGAAUAACUUAAAUGUAGGCAAGUGCUCGGUUUAUAAUCUUAUAUUCAAACAUUAUUCAAAGUAAUUAAUAGGACUAGAAUAAGUUUAAAAGUGAUUUCAAUAUGAACUCUGCAACCCCAGGUGUGCCGCAGGUGCCGCUGCUCGACGACGACACUAUAGCUUUUGGAGAAGAGGAAAAUGCUAAUAAACAGUUCAUACAUCCCUACAUAGUAUUUUUCCACUUAGUCUUCAGAAGUGCAGCUAUUGUAGUGUACAUCUUGUGCGGUUGGUUCUCCGAUUCGUUUAUAGCGAGUUUUGUUUUGGUCAUACUACUUCUGUCUGCUGACUUUUGGACCGUUAAGAAUAUUAGUGGACGUUUGCUGGUUGGUCUCAGAUGGUGGAACUAUGUGGACGAUGAUGGAAAGUCACAUUGGGUGUUUGAAUCCAAACAGAGUCGUGUGAACCGCAACGAAAGUCGUCUGUUUUGGAUGGGACUCAUACUAUGUCCACUAAUCUGGUCUGGCUUCUUCAUUAUCUGCCUAUUUGGACUUAAAUUUAAAUGGAUGCUAUUGGUCUUAAUAGCGUUAACAUUGACUGGCGCCAAUCUAUACGGAUAUGUCAAAUGCAAAUUUGGCGCGAAAGAGAACCUACAGUCCGCGACCACAGAUUUCGUGAAGAAGCAAUUGUUCCAGAACGCGUCGUCCUUCAUGUUCGCGCAGCCCACGCCGCCGACCACUGGCAACACUGGCGUCGUGUAGAUUAUUAAUGUAUUCUGUGUCACUGUAAAUUAUUGUUUAAAUAUUAAAUUAUAAGUAAAA